GGGAAAUAUACAGGAAGGAUUAAGAGGGUACUGCUGUUUGCUUAGAUCCGAUCAAACUUUUUCUCUGAUUUGUAAAUUGGAAGAAAGAGAGGGACAGAAUGGGUAUAGUGUUUACGCGGUUGUUUUCAUCGCUGUUCGGGAACAAGGAAGCUCGGAUCCUAGUAUUGGGGCUUGACAAUGCCGGAAAAACCACAAUUCUAUAUCGGCUUCAGAUGGGUGAAGUAGUCUCCACUAUUCCCACAAUUGGAUUUAAUGUGGAAACGGUACAACAUAACAACAUAAAGUUUCAAGUUUGGGAUCUAGGUGGACAGACGAGUAUUAGGUAAACUUACCUUGAGCUCUUUGCUUCUUUCAAAUAUAAAAUUAUUUGCCU